AUGAGACACGGAACACAGCACAACGAGACACGGGACACAGAACAACGAGACAUGCAACAUAACACGAGACACAGAACACAGCACAACGAGACAUGCAUCAUAACACAACGAGACACGGAACACGGCACAACGAGACACAGAACACAGCCCAAGGAUACACGGAACGCAGCACAACGAGACAUGCAACAUAACACAACGAGACACAGAACACAGCACAACGAGACACGGAACACAGCACAACGAGACACGGAACACAUCACAACGAGACCGGAACACAACACAACAAAGCGGAAAAUAUUAUCUAGAAAAUCAGCUCGCAAGACGAGGAGCGUUGCAUACUUGAGACCAUUAGUGAUACACUCAACAAUACAAAAACAGCCAAUCGACGCGAUCGACACACAUGGUAACGACACAGGCCACGACGCAGCAACGGAGAAUACCGACAAAUGUGAAAUACACACACCGCGGAGUACAUAUGUAUACGGCAAAGGAGUAGCAGUAAAUGUAACAUGCAAACACUUGAACGCAAGUCUCCCCAGGAGUGCUCAGUUCAUUGGUAUACAGGCAGUCCUCAAUACUAACGGCACAUCGUUGGGCUACAUCAACUCGACACAGGGGGGACGAAGGUUACUCGCGUGCGAUAACUGGUAUAUUGGGCGGGUUAUCAGCGAUGAUAGCCUCCGUAUGGUAUGGUAUUCGCCCAUGUCAUCGAAUUAUACCUCUAAAAUUAGUAGUCAACAUGUUACACUAAGGGUAAUUGUUUAUGAUAACAAACUUAAUCAUAGAAUGGUGUUGUCUAAAGCACUGACGGGGUUUUAUUCUUCAUACAGGGCAACGAGACAGGCCGCUCAUGAUAAUUUCCGUCCAAUAAACGUGGACACGUGUGGCAUUAAUAAGAACUGUUAUCGCUAUCCAGACCCCCGUUGUACUGCAUAUACGUGUGAUUAUCUGCUGACAUUUAGAGCCAGUGGUGAAAACGUGCUCUUUGAGAUUAGUGCUAAGACAGAAGGAUGGGCUGCGAUCGGAUUCAGCUCCGAUGAAUACAUGGGAGGAGAUGAUGUCUACGCAUGCGUCGUGUUAAACACGCCAGAAUGGAAGAUUGUUGUGAAGCGCUACGUAAAUAUUCAAAACUGGCCGAAAGAGCAGGGCGUCAAUCCCGUAAACAAUACGGAGGGCACUGUGAUGGAUGGACGAUUGUCAUGCAGGUUUUCACGCCCAAAACGCGUAUUGUCCGAUGACAGUAUUGUCGAUCUGGACAACAGGUGGUUUUUCUUACAUGCAUGGGGGCCAGUAAUUUCAGGAGGUGUUAUCCAGGCACAUACAUUAAAGUCGCCGCCACGAUCAGAAAUUAAAUUCACCGUCCAGUCUAUUAAUUUCAUCAACGCAGUUGGGGGCAGUCGACCCAUGUAUGCUACGUCUGUCCACACGGUGAUUUCUAUGUUGGCCGUUAUUUUCAUUUUGUGCUGA